AUGAGGGGCAAGCUGGCCAUCUCCGUCAUCGAGGCGGUGGACGUCGUCGCGGACGCCGGGAGCCCUCCUAGCUUCUACGUCAAGGUCUCCAUCGAUGCCGUGACGCACGCCACCCAGAAGGCCAGCGGGCUGAAGCCCAAGUUUACAGAGGACCUCGAGUUCCGCAUCACGGACCUCGAGCGGCAAGCCGCCACGGUGGAGCUCCUGCAUGAGUCGUCGACGGGCGACCUCAUCAUCGGCAGCAGCGACGUGCCACUCGCCAACCCGAGCACCUGGGACACCAAGCCCGUCUGGCUGAGCCUCCGAGACGCCGCCAACAGGCCGGUCGGGAAGCUUCUAGUUGUCAUGCGGUUCACGGGCGGCGCGACGACGCCCAAGGCGACGACCCCGCGCGCGCGCACGCCCGGGCGCACGACGCCGCGUUCGGCGCGCUCGGCCGCGACGACGACCGCGGCGAAGAAGAAGACGGCGAAGAAGGGCAACGGGCUGCUGUCGGGCCUCGUCGGCGGCGUGGGCACGGUCGUCGGCGGCACGGUCACCAUCGCCGGGAAGAUUCUUGGCUUUGGAGGUGGAAAGAAGAAGAGAAGCGGGGCGCCCGGGACGCCGCCACGGACGCCGCGCAGUCCGCGCGCAGGCCGCGAGGGGCCGUCCACGCCGCGGUCAACCACGGGCGGCGAGCCCCGGAAGAGGACCAGUAAGGCGGGCGGGAAGAAGAAGGCGGCAGCGGCGGCGGUGCUGCCGCUUGCGGCGGGCGCGGUGGUCGGCGUGAUCGGAUACCUGUACUCGCAGCGCACGGUGUACUACGAGGUCCAGGAGGGCGACACGCUGUGCGGCAUCGGUGGUUGCUACAAUGUGGGGUAUCUCGACAUCUACGAGCGCAAUUCGGAUCAGAUCCGGGAUCCCGACCUCAUCUACCCCGGCACGAAGAUCCGCGUGCGGUGA